CAAAUACGGCAACACCUUUCUGUAAUGUUCAUGAGAUAUUUUGAAAGUUUUCAAUUUAAAGUUUAUUUUUAUUCUAAUUUUUGAAAGAAUUUAACUUUAAAAGAUAUUUAACACUAAAUAAAAAUCAUUUUAUAUUACUUUGUUCAACAAAAAUAGUCUAGACUUUAAAUACAGUCAGCUCUAAAUAAGUGAAGAAGUCAGGACAUCAGGUUUGCGAAGAUGGCAGCAACAUGCGGUGCUAACUUUGCCAAGAUUGUUCUAAUCAUUUUCAACAUCAUAUUCUUUUGUGCCGGCGUGGUGUUGAUAGCAGUUGGCAUAUGGAUAAUCGCAGACCCGAACAUCAUAGAACCGAUAAAAAUUUUCAGAGAUGCGUUUGGUGCUAGGUUUUUGAGGAACGCUUCCAUCCUUCUCAUCACCAUGGGUGUCGUCGUCCUUCUCGUCACCGGCCUUGGAAUCUUUGCCGCUAUCAAAGAAAAUGUCAUUGCUCUCUCUGUGUACAUCGGCCUCUUGUGUUUCGUCUGCUGCGGAGAAAUCGCAGGCGGAGUAGUGGCCAUCGUCUUCAAAGACAAAGCUAUAGAACAAGUUCAAACUUCGAUUGGGCAGCUACUCGUUGAACAGGCGUUCGCUACCAACUUUACAUACUACAGCGUCACCAGCGGCAAGUGCUGGGUCGGCGAGUGGCCCAAACUUGUCGACUAUUUACAAAUUAAGUUCGAAUGUUGCGGCAUGGACAGCUAUCAGGACUACAAAGACGUCUUCCAGUUCAACACCACGUACACUUGCGGCAUCAACGACACAGCGGGUUACUCGGAAAGCGUGCCGGUCAGUUGCUGUCUGCCGAGGCCACAACAGACGCCACUGGACGUUUAUUCAGAUAUCUACGCACUGACCACAAGAGUCAACUGCACGACUGGCUACUAUGGAAAAGGAUGUACAGCGAAGUUGAUAUCAUUCAUCGAGCGUUACGCACCAGUCAUCAUCGGCAUUGGCCUAGGAUUUGGAUUCCUAGAGCUUUUUGGGAUCAUAUUCGCCGUAUGUCUCUGUCAGAACCCGAAAGAUUAUUAAUUUCAUUUUUUUUCAUUUUUUUUUAUUUCUAUAUUUACGUUUUCAUGAAUUAUAAUUCUUUUCAAUCGAAAAUGCUUCUCCACUGCUUAGGUUUGAUUUCAAUUUCAAUUGUUAAAUAUUACAAAAAACGAUUUAGAUAUUGAUUCGCUGUGUUUUUCUAAUUUAUUACAAACACCAAUCUCCAAUCAUUAUUGCAUGACGGAUGAGUAUUUACUACUAUGAUUCAUCGCCCGAAAACAUUUGAAAACCUUUAUUUACGUGUGAAAAAAAAAAUUACUUCCUAU